AUGAAAAUCUUUACCAAUAAUUUUGAAGGAACAUCAUAUAGUAAUUUGAGAUCGAAAAAUGCUCCGUUAAAGAAAUUUGAUGUUUACAGUGAAGAUGAAACUAAAAGGUUUCUUACUAAG